AUGGAACGUCUCAAGGUGAAGAGGACGUCGCGAAGGAGACAAGCUACGAGGCUUGUGGGAGAAGCCAAGACUGCACUGAGCAGCACUCCUAAUGAUCGGAAGACCGUCGAAAGCUUGUUGGAACGUCUACGCGUGAACCUUGAAGAGCUGAAAGAGAUCAAUUCCGAGUUUGAAGGUCAUCUCAAGGACGAUGAAUUAGAGGUAGAACAUGAAAUGGCUCUGGAAUACGAAGAAAACUCUAUAAAGGAAAUGUCUAACCUACGUGUCGCCUUGCAAGAGCUCACCUCAGUGUCGACGCCUGCCACUCAGGUGGCCGCUCCAACGAAUGUGGCACUACUUGGGACUACGCUCACACGCCGUCGCUUCAUGGCAAUCACGCUGGGACCCUGUACCCGUCUGCCAAAACUUCAACUGAUGCGUUUCCGAGGUGACCUAUCGGAGUGGCUUCCCUUUUGGGAACAAUUCAAAGGAACCGUACAUAACAACAGUAACCUUUCACAACCAGAGAAGUUCUUCUACUUAAGGUCACUGUUGGAUGGAGCAGCUGCAGCCGCCAUAUCAGGUCUACAAGCUUCGGAGGUGUGCUACAACGAUGCCAUUGAAAUAUUGAUGGAAAGAUUUGGAGACAAGCGUCCCCAGACAACCAUCAACGUCCCCAGGACAUCCCAGUUUGGUCAUAACGUCCAGAUCCUUGAUGGAUGUCCACUGGACAUCCUCUGGAUGUCCCAAAAUAUCCAUAAAUAUCCUUUAUUUAUCCAGUGCUGA